AGCUGAAAGUACAAGCCAUUGAAGCAGCUCCCUCGCAUUGUUGAAUUAAAAUCGAGGACUUUUUUUUUUCUUUUUUUUUUUUUUCUGGAAGGAGGUGAAGCAUAUGCCAUUGCCACCUAUAUAUGUGAUCCAUAUCACCGCCACACCUCCUCGGUUUUGAACCCCCCUUUUCUUUCUCGCUCCUCUGUUUCGAAUCCGAAUUAUUCUACAGAAUCUCUCAUCUGUUUUUGCCCUUUCCUUUUCUUUUCUUUUCUUUUUUUUUUUUUCUCUUUUGCCCAUUCAUCUUAGUUUUUGUCCCGUGUAAUUGGUAGAUUAACAGAUUCUUUAUUUGUAGUUUCUGGGUACAUAGUUUUUUCUUUGAAUUUUUUGUGUAUAGAUAUAGAAUAUCCGAUAUCGCCAUGUCUGCAGCUGAGAUCUUUGAUCAGAAGUUAAUCGACGCGGUUCAAGAUCUCGCAGUGCAAGAUCAGAACAAGGAUAAUUGUACAGCAGCAGAGGAGACUAAUCCUAACAGUAGUAACAGCAAUAAUCAUCACGGUGUUUGCGCAAUCUGUUUGAAUAAAAUUGUUCUUCAAGAAACCGCUCUUGUAAAAGGUUGCGAGCACGCGUACUGUGUGACCUGCAUCUUGAAGUGGGCUUCGUGCAAGAAGGAACCAACGUGCCCUCAGUGUAAAAAUGGAUUUGAGUUCCUUAAUGUUCACCGUGCACUUGACGGAAGCAUUCAUGAUUACAUGUUCGAGGAGAGCAUCUGCCUUCUUCUAAGGGCCUCAUGGUUUACGCCUUUGGUUAUGGUGGAACGGGAGGAGGUAGUGGAUUGGGAAAUAGAAGAAUACUAUUACGAGGACGAUGAAGAAGAAGACUUGGAUGAUGUUUACUUAGGUAGUUCCUCAAGUCUCCGUAUCGGGAACCGUAGAUGGGGGGACAAUGGAUAUGUGAGGGCAGGAAGACAAGAGGCACGACCAGUUUAUCGCCCAAACCUCCAGGACUCGGGCGGUGCUGGCCCAUCUCGCCGGGCAGAGAAGAAAGAGACCAAGGAAACAGUUGGGCGACGAGCAAAAAGGGCUCUGAAGCGUGAAGCUGCGGACAAGGCUGCUGCAGCAAAGCAUCAGCAGCAUCUGGUGAGGCUGGGGCGCGUCCAGGUAUGAUUGCGGUGGAGGAAACUCCAUAGGGCUUCAUCAUAAUCUAGAGGCCCUUUGUACAGUAUGUAUUUCCUACAUCUGUGAAAUAAGGAACGCUAGGCUGUAUCAUAAUAUAUCGUGCCUGCUGUCCUUCCAAGAUUUAGUUUUCGCCUAUGUUGCUGUAAAUUUGUAUGCAUAUACUAAUUCUGCUUUCAGAUUCUUCCUAAUAAUCUCGCUUUCAACUAAUCGAGCUUGCUUUUCGUUAUA